UGUCAUAAAACUAAUGGGUUAACUUAAUACAUUAUUAAUCAAUUCACUAUCCAUUGCUAGAAAUUUUACUUUGAUAUGUAUUAACUGCGGAUAAACUACGUAUCAAUAUUUUUGUACAUUAUCCAACAUAAAAAGUUUAUGCUCUAGUAUCUGCCAUCUAUACUAGAAAACUUAAUGCAAAAUGGAUGAAUUGACGAGUUUUUUCAAGCAGGCGGGGAAAGAAUUCCUAAAUGCUGCCGGCGAUGCAGCAAUGGGUGCUGCAAAAGAAGUUGUUGGUUCGGUUAUUAAUGAAAUUUUCAUUAAAAAAGAGGCUGAUACCAAACGUGUUCUUCCAAGCAUUAAAAAUAUGCGCGUUCUUGGAGAAAGAGGCAGUGGUACACGUGUGCAAGCAGACGUCCAAGAUUUUGAGUCCAUCCGUAGAAUGUGCCUUGCGAAUGGAUCGCUGUUUGAAGAUCCAUUAUUUCCAGCCAACAACGAAUCUCUCAUGUUUUCACAACGACCUGAUCGACACAUCGAAUGGCUGAGACCCCAUGAGAUCGCUAAUGAUCCACAAUUCUUUGUGGAAGGCUAUUCGCGCUUCGACGUUCAGCAAGGUGAAUUGGGCGAUUGUUGGUUACUCGCCGCCACCGCCAAUUUGACUCAGGAUCCAAAUUUAUUCUUCCGCGUUGUGCCACCGGAUCAAAACUUUGAAGAAAACUACGCAGGCAUUUUCCAUUUCUGCUUUUGGCAAUAUGGAAAAUGGAUCGAUGUGGUGAUCGAUGAUCGUUUGCCGACAUAUCGUGGCGAAUUGAUGUACAUGCAUUCCACUGAGAAUAAUGAAUUUUGGAGUGCGCUUCUGGAGAAGGCCUAUGCAAAAUUGCAUGGCUCAUAUGAGGCUUUAAAAGGCGGUACCACUUGUGAAGGUAUGGAAGAUUUUACAGGUGGUGUAACGGAAUGGUAUGACCUCAAAGAGGCACCACCAAACCUAUUCAAUAUUCUACAUAAAGCUGUUGAUCGUAAUUCUUUGAUGGGUUGCUCUUUGGAACCCGAUCCGAACGUUUUGGAAGCCGAGACACCCCAAGGCCUGAUUCGCGGUCAUGCAUAUUCUAUAACUAAAGUUUGCUUGAUUGAUAUCGCUGUGCCCAAUCGACAAGGCAAAAUACCAAUGAUACGUAUGCGCAAUCCGUGGGGAAAUGAGGCCGAAUGGAAUGGUCCAUGGAGUGAUAGUUCGCCUGAAUGGCGAUAUAUACCUGAAGAUCAGAAGCAAGAAAUCGGUUUAACAUUUGAUCGAGAUGGUGAAUUUUGGAUGUCAUUUCAAGAUUUUCUAAAUCAAUUCGAUCGUGUUGAAAUUUGUAAUUUAUCACCCGAUUCUCUCACGGAAGAGCAACAAAUUAGUGGCAAACGUAAAUGGGAAAUGUCCAUGUUUGAGGGCGAAUGGACGCUCGGUACAACAGCUGGUGGUUGUCGUAACUUUUUAGAUACUUUCUGGCUUAAUCCUCAGUAUGUAAUAACACUAAGAGAUCCGGAUGAGGAUGAUGACGAUGGCAAAUGUACCGUUAUUGUGGCGUUAAUGCAAAAAAAUCGACGUUCAAAACGUAAUAUGGGUAUGGAAUGCUUAACAAUCGGUUUCGCUAUCUAUCAUCUAUCCGAAGAAGAUUUGCAGACCAGACCGCAAGAUAUAAAUUUCUUCAAAUAUCGUGCAUCGGUCGGACGUUCACCGCACUUUAUAAAUACCAGAGAGGUUUGUGCACGCUUUAAACUUCCGCCUGGUCAUUAUUUAAUCGUACCAUCAACAUUUGACCAGAAUGAGGAAGGUGAAUUCGUUAUUCGUGUUUUCUCGGAAACUCAGAAUAACAUGGAAGAGAAUGACGACCAUGUUGGAUAUGGAAGCCCGACCGAUGAUAAGGUGUCGCCAAACUUUCCAAGUCCGAUCGAUCCAAAGCCAACGGACUCACAUAAUGAAAGUCUUUUAAAACUUUUCAAAAGUAUUGCUGGUCCAGACAUGGAGGUUGAUUGGGUGGAAUUGAAACGAAUACUGGAUCAUUCGAUGAAAGAUGAUUUACCAAAGAGUUCAAGUUAUACGCCUUACAACUAUAAUCUACAAAACGCAGAUAUAGGUGGUGGUGCUGCGCCAGAGGUGGGCGGCGGUGGUCUCAAUAUAUUAGCGCUUCUUUGCGGUCCAUUUUGUAAAGGUACCCCGUUUGAGAGCAUGUUUGCUGAUGGCAAUGAACAAAGCCAAACAAACACGAAUCAUGUCAAACCCGGCAAUGUGGGGUUGCCACCAGUUGUGUUAGAGGAGAAUACUGGAUUUUCUAAAGACGUCUGUCGCUCGAUGGUUGCCAUGAUGGAUGUCGAUCAAUCGGGUAAAUUGGGUUUUGAAGAGUUCGAAUCCCUACUAACCGAUAUAGCAAAAUGGAAAGCGGUGUUUAAACUCUAUGACACCGAACAAACCGGACGCAUUGAAGGUUUCAAAUUGCGCGAUGCGCUCACCUCAGCUGGCUAUCACCUCAACAAUCGUAUACUCAACGCGCUGGCACAUCGAUAUGGAUCACGUGAUGGCAAAAUUUCAUUCGAUGAUUUCCUCAUGUGUGCAGUCAAAAUUAGAACUUAUAUUGAUAUAUUCAAAGAGAGGGACACCGAAAACAAAGAUGUGGCUACAUUCAGCAUGGACGAAUGGAUUGAAAAAACUAUAUAUUCAUAAAAUAAUUUCUUCACUGAAAAUCUAGAGGAACUUUUAAAGCUUUUAAAUUUUUGAACAAACUCAUAGCCGAAAAGAUGAUGAAUCUCAUUACUCGAAUUGAAGAACAUUCAACACCAAUACUCAUCCGUUAAAUAUGAAUUAAAGUACACACUUGCAUACAUCUAUUCACUUCAGGAAAUGGCUAAUUGGAAAUAACGAAUCUCACUUAACGAAUAUCUCUAUGCUAUCUGUAUCAGCUAUUGCGUCUCUGCUAAUUACUUCCAAAAUAUGAAACUUAUAAAUUUAUAUAAUAUAUCUCUCCCUCUCACACUCUAUUUCGAAACAUGCUCAUAUGGCCAAAGUAAUAAUGCUAUAGAGAAAUAAUCCUCGAUUUGUCCUUUGAAAUUGUUUAAAUUUAAUUUUCUGCAUUUAAAACGCGUUUUAGGCAAUGUGUAGAUCUGCAAGCAUACAAAGAAACAUAUAUUUUUUUCUACAAUUCAAAUAGUGUUCAUAACACAUCCAAAUACACAAACAACCUUUAUUCUUAAAAAUACCACAGUUUGGCAUAUAUAAUUAUAAGAAAGCCUACUUGGAAUUUCCUUUGUAUGUAUGCAUAUUAAUGCAUUAGUUGUAUCACAUAAGCAAUUUUAUGUGUUGCACUUCCCUUGUAAAAAGAAUGCUUCCUUCUAUUUCACAGUAAUAUUUUCAUAGCAAAUUUUCCAUGUACUAUGCAGAGUUUUUACAAUAACUGCAAAACUCAUAUUACCUCGUUCAAUAUUUAACAAAGGAAAGACAGAACAAGUUGUAGUUAUCGUUGACAGGAUAAAUAAAUACGUAAAUGUUUAUUUUUUAUUUAAAACUGUAUUCAAUAUAUUAAACAAGUAGAACUUAAAUGCUGUAUUUUUGUAUUGCAAUUUUUUAAUUCUGAGAUAUUGUUACAAGAUCUGUUGCAAUAAAAUAAAUAAUUAUAUAUAAUAUUAAAAUUAAAA